AUGAAGGUUCACGAGGAGCUCGAUGGGGCCACAAGUGACAACAUGAGGGAGCAUGAGAUGGAGAUCAACCAGGAGAUGACUCGGAUGAUGGAGGAGAUGGAGAGGAGAAGCCGAGUGCAGUCGAGCGUCGUGCCCCUGGUCCUGCAGGAGUGGCUUGAAGGGCACAGUAUCCUGGCCUGGGAAGCUGUGCUCUUUGCUGCCAUUGCUGCAGGCCUUAUCCUCCUCUUUUGGCUCUGCUGGUGGUUCAGGGAAAGGACCCCUGAGCCUGACUCCAUCUGCACAACAUAUGAGACCUCAGACAUGGAUGCAGACAAUGAAGAAGAGAAAGAAAGUGAUGGGAAAGGUCCUGUAGAGGUGGAGGAAGGAGACAGGAUUUUCGUCAGGCACACCAAGUGGCCUCUGCAAAAAAUGCUGUCCAAGAGCGAGAUGGUGAAGCAGCUGGUGGACAACCUCGUGCAGGUCAUGCAGGGGCAGCUGUCAAACAGUUUCAUGCCACUGCUGCAGCCUCCCAUUGGUGUGGGCAGCACCUUUGAAGGCUGGAGUCCCUAUGAGGCUGACGACGUUAUCUACCACCUCCUUGUGCCCCUGAAGCCCCCCCCUGGGCAUGACUUCCACCUGCAGUGGGUGAACAGGGGUCCCAGGCCAGCCAGGGAUGCCCUCAUCCGUGUGGAAGUCCAAUGCAGCUGUGGAGUACCAAACAUGCCUUGCUUUGUCCACCGCAAUAGGAAACACCUGAAGAGGAUGAAGCAGGUACCCAGCAUCCUGGACAGCCUCUGCACUGGUUCAUACCUAGAUGUGGAGAAACUUGCAGAGUGGUUCCAGUGCUUGGUGAAGAAAGCCUGGGUGGCACUGCCUCAGGCACGUCGCUACGAGAUGAAAGUGCUGCCCUACAGCCAACGUUCAUGCCUGAUGAAGCUGAAAAGAGCCUCCAGGACUACUUCAUUAAUUGAGAUCCUGUUUGGGGUGCAGCAAGAAGACUCAGACAUCUUUCUCAGCAGCCAGAAUGCAGGCGACUCAGACACUCCAAGCACCCUGUGGACAAAGAGCUACCUUGUGGCAGAGGUUAAGUUCUUCAGCCAUAUGGCCAAAAAGGUCCCACAGGGCAGAUACCACCUCAAAUGCCUGCGUCUCUGCACCAGCGUCCUGGAGGACACAAACUUUACACCCUACAUCUUCAAGACAGUUGUCAUGCACCUCCUCAACACCAAACCCGUGUCAGGAUGGUGCAGACAGGAAUGCAUCAUGCGGCUGGCAGACAUCCUGAGGUACCUGCACUGCUGCCUGCAACACAGAAAGCUUAACUUCUUCUUCUUUGGCAACGCAGAGAUGCCCCAGGAGAUCAUCUUGCCUCCAGACUUCCACACAUCUGAGCCACACAACCUCCUGCAGCAUCUGGUGCAGAGCCCGGCUGCCCACGCCAAGGCCCUGAGACAGUUUGAGGAGAUUCAGGAGGAGCUCAUGAACAGGCUGUACUAUGGGGGCUUAAACAGAUAGUCAUAAUUGUCACAGAGUGAGCUCUGUCACCACCCAGACAGGGACUGUCCUCGCCUCUUCCACAAGAUUGCCUUUGUUACCCUGAUGGACUCGGACAAGACUCCUAGCCAAAAGCUCAGGGAUGCACA